AUGGUUCAGCCGCAAAGUCAAAAAAGCAACAACGAACCUUAUGGUCACUGCGGCUAUUCGUUGACACUAACGUAUUCACCUUCGGAAAAGACCUCUUCGGGGACUUACUCAUACAACCCUUCAUACAAACAGGGAAACGGUCCGAUAAACACAAACAAUAAUGCUCACUACCGCAACCACCGUUUUCUAAAUAACUAUCAGUCGCAAGAGCAGGACUCUUACUCUAUCGCGGACGGUGAAUCUCAACAAAAAAAAGAGAACUCUCAAAAUCAAUCUUCCUUGAAAGAUGAAUUAAAUUCUAAUGCAUCAGUAAUGCCACAAAUAAGUCUUGCUGCGACUUUGCAAUGCGACCAAAACAAUCCUCCGAUAACACUUCCUCCCCGCUCUGAAGACAGUCUUUCUGUAGAUAUGCUCGCUCUGUUUGAGGUUUGA